AUGAACCAUCCGAAAUUCUUAGACUCCCUCCUCUUCCCACAAGCCAAACGCUACACUGUCCGCGACCUAUCCAUCUCACUCACCACAAACGCAGCAACCCGACUCGCAAACCGUCUGAGCCAGCACGAACUCGAAACCCUCCAGGGUCCAGUACCAGACAUCGGAAACGAGUACGACUUGACCCGUCUAGCAUCCAGCUUCUUCCCCCUCUUCGACAAGGCCUUCUUCUUCGGCGUACUGCGCAGGGGUAUGCACCCCUCCCUCCCCAUCCUGACUUACAACUCAGCAGAUCAAGACGAGGGCUUCUACUCGCACACACAGCGACAGAUACAGCUGAAUCUCAAUGUCGAGCCACCGCAUGGUACUUCGGUAGGUCAGCGGCAGUUAUGCGUACUGCUGCAUGAGAUGCUGCAUGCGUUUCUGGAAAUCUACUCCUGUGGGUGUCGCGAGUGUAGAAAGAGAGCUGCAGCGGGAGCGGGUAUGGGCGUGGGGGAGAGUGGACAUGGUAAGGAGUGGUGUAGUGCCAUGAGUGCAUUGCAAGGCGCUUUGCAGGAUGGGGUGAGGUGGGAUGUUGAUUGUGGGAUUCAGGUUUCUGUUGCGAUUGAGGUGAGGGCGAGUGGAUGGGGACCGAGAGGAGACCUGCUGAGGCGCUGGGGUGUAGAUGAAGAGCAGCUGAGUCAAGAUAUCGAGGGGAUGGUUGGUGUAACUGUCCAGAGGCGGAUAUUUGCUUUCCUCUGGAUGAAGUGA